CCGACUGGGGGCGAUGCCGGUCGCCCGCGGAGGUUGCCGCGGUAACGGGAGCUGUAAGGGAGCCGGGACGGUGGCGUGGGCCCGGCUCCGCUUCCCACUGCUGCAAUGGAACUAAGCCUGGCCCGCGUGGACUACCUGCAGGUGGGAGUGACAGCGCAGAAGACGAUGAGGCUUCUUCCCGCCUCGGGCCGAAAGGCGACGCAGAAGGUGGUUGUUGGAGAUCAGGAUGGAGUUGUUACAUGUUUUGGCAUAAAAAAAGGGGAAGCUGUGCCAGUGUUCAAGACACUGCCAGGCAAAAAAAUUUCAAGGUUGGAGCUGGGAGGAGCUCUUAAUACACCACAAGAGAAAAUUUUUGUGGCUACAGGAUCAGAAGUGAGAGGUUUCACAAAAAGAGGGAAGCAGUUUCUUACAUUUGAAACUAACCUCACUGAAAACAUCAAGGCAAUGCAUAUUUCAGGAGCAGAUCUCUUUCUGUGUGCAAGUUACAUCUAUAACCAUUACUGUGACUGCAAAGAUCAGCACUACUAUCUGUCAGGAGACAAAAUCAAUGAUGUUCUCUGCCUUCCUGUGGAUAAAGUGAACUGCAUUACACCCGUCCUUGCAUGCCAGGAUAGAGUUCUUAGAGUCUUACAGGGAUCUGAUUUACUGUAUGAAGUAGAAGUUCCUGGACCAGCUACUGUUCUUGCACUGAACAAUGGAAAUGGGGGUGAUUCUGGAGAAGAAGUUGUAUAUGGAACUUCUGAUGGUAAACUCGGCCUUAUUCAGAUUACUGGUGCAAAACCUAUACCUAAAUGGGAAAUUGGAAAUGAAAAAAAGAGAGGAGGUAUCUUAUGUAUUGAUAAUUUUGACAUUCUGGGAGAUGGAGUUAAAGAAUUACUUGUUGGAAGAGAUGAUGGAGUGCUAGAAAUCUAUAACUUUGAGAGUGCAGAUGACCCUGCCCUUCGAUAUGAUCAUGCCUUAUCAGAGAGCAUUGCAUCAAUCCAGGGUGGCUGUGUUGGAAAAGAUGGGUAUGAUGAAAUUUUAGCAUCCACAUACUCAGGCUGGCUGACAGGACUGACUACAGAACCUGUCCAUAGAGAAGGUGGAUCAGGUGAAGAACUAAAAUUAAGUCAAGAAAUGCAGAACAAGAUUUCAUCCUUAAGGAGUGAACUGGAACACUUGCAGAUGAAAGUACAUCAGGAACGUGAAAAAUACCAGCAGUCUUCUCAGUCCAGCACUGCUGUUUUAUCUGUACCUGCAUUUAGUGUGAAUGACAAAUUUACAUUAAAUAAGGAUGAUGCCAGCUACAGCCUCAUCUUGGAGGUGCAGACAGCUAUAGACAAUGUCCUGGUGCAGAGUGAUGUCCCAGUAGACUUGCUGGAUGUGGAUAAAAAUUCUGCUGUUGUCAGUUUUAGCAGCUGUGAUUCUGAGCCAAAUAGCAACUUCCUUCUUGCCACUUACCGAUGCCAAGCAAAUACUACAAGACUUGAACUUAAGGUUCGAUCAAUUGAAGGGCAAUAUGGGACACUUCAAGCAUAUGUAACUCCAAGAAUUCAACCAAAAACCUGCCAAGUUCAUCAGUACCAAAUUAAACCACUUUCUCUUCAUCAGAGAACUCACUCUGUUGAUCAGGACAGACCCAUGAAUACACUGAUGCUCAAAGGCCAGUUCAGUUUUGCUGAAAUUCACUCCUGGGUUGUCUUUUGCCUGCCUGAAGUGCCUGAAAAGACUCCAGCUGGAGAGAGUGUCACCUUUUAUUUUCAGAACACCUUCCUGGGUACACAGCUUGAAAGUACUUACAGAAAAGGUGAGGGAUGUUUUAGAUCUGACAACAUUUCUACAAUAUCCAUCCUAAAAGAUGUGCUUUCCAAAGAGGCUACUAAAAGGAAGAUCAAUCUCAACAUAUCAUAUGAUGUAAAUGAAGAAUCUGUGAGACACACAUUAAAGCUUAUCCACCCUAAAUUAGAGUAUCAGCAGCUAUUGGCCAAGAAGGUUCACUUAAUAGAUGCUUUGAGAGAAUUACAGGUCCAUGAAGGAAAUGUGGACUUCUUGCUACCAAAGUACCGCAGCAUUUUGGAAGAAGCAGAUCAGCUGCUUGAGGAAUACAAGAGACAACCUGCCCAUCUUGAGAGACUUUAUGGGAUGAUCACAGAUCUCUUCAUAGACAAGUUUAAAUUUAAAGGCACCAAUGUGAAAACCAGAGUUCCUCUUCUCCUGGAGAUUCUGGAUGGCUGUGACCAAGAUGGACUAAUUGCUUUUUUUGAAGCUGCAGCUUAACAAGGAGAAAGCACAGUAACUUGUUUUUUUCUUCUUUAAUCAAUCAAGGCAGUUCAGUGUCCCAAGUCCAAACCACUUUUUUUAGCCCAACACUUUUACUCUUGUACUGUUAACUCUUUAUGUUUUGUUCACCUUUAUUACCAUGCUUAAUACAGGCAGACAACUUUAGUUCAUAUAAACUAUUGUGUGUGUUCAGCCCUGCACGUUGAAUGUGCUCUUCAUAAUGAAAGAAAACUUAAAAGCAGAUGUAAAUACCAAAUACCCUUUCUGUAAAAACCUUUUCAGCACUGUUGCAGAAUACAUGCAGUAGUCUGUUCUGCAGAUAUAAGAAUGUAUAAAGAAACUGGUUUUAAGAGACUUAACCAGAUUUAGAAGAGAUUUAUGAGUUCUACUAUGCGUAUUUGCCUGCUGCACUGGAGAAUCAGUACAGCAGUCUCACCAGGCUUGCUCCACCUGGUGUGUGCAUAGAAAGUGGAGAACGGGUUUAAUUUUAGCUAAUUUUGAAGCUACAUGUAACUCCUGGUUAAAGGGUGGAUGGUAUUAAAAUUCCUCUGUCCAUGUC